AUGUCUAAAUCAAGGUCCUCCUCUCUUUCCACACAUGCCGCUAAUUUAUCAUCUAAAACAGGUGCUAACCAAUCAAAAUUUUUUAAAACUUUUGGUGACGAUAUAUGGAAGAAUAAAAUUGAAAAAGUUAACGCAGAAUUAUUCAUAAUGACAUAUGGUGUUAUUGUACAGCAAUUAUGUCAAGAUUUUAAUAAUGAUUACAUGAAGAUCAAUGAAAAUUUAUUUUCUAUGGGAUAUAAUAUUGGUGUAAGGUUAAUUGAGGAUUUUUUGGCAAGGACUGCAUUACCACGUUGUCCAAACAUGAUAAUGACCAGUGAAGUAAUCACUAAAGUAGCAUUCAAAGUAUUUCUUAAUAUAACACCAGUAGUAGAUAAUUGGAGUAGUAAUAAAGAUACAUUUAGCCUAAUUUUGGUAGAAAAUCCGUUGGCUGAAUUUGUAGACCUUCCACAUGAUGCUAAGAAACAAUUAUGGUAUUCUAACAUUAUAUGCGGUGUGCUUAAGGGGGCUUUGGAGAUGGUUCAGUUAGAUUGUGACAUUGGUUUCGUUUCUGAUGUAUUAAGAGGUGAUGCAUCCACUGAGAUUAGAGUCAAAUUAAAUAAAAUAUUGAAAGAUGAAAUUCCACUAGGUGAAGACUGA